GGUAGUACUAAUUGUACAUACAAAAAAAAACACGCUUUCUCGAGAACUUUCUGCCUACAUCUGCCAAAAUUCUAACCCUAAUUUCUCGCCUCCUUCCUAAAUUCGCAGCAUUCUCUCAACUCUGCCUUCUACUUCGCACCUCUUCAAUGGCGAAUCCAUCUGCUCCUUAGUUUAUCUUCUUUGUCUGCGCACUUUAACUCUCUCUCUCCAGCUUUGCUGAACGUCUCUGCUUGUUUCCGACGCGCCGCGCAACUAAUUGUUCAUCGUUUAACUUUCUAUCCUCCUAGUUAUAAUCUGUCUCUGAACCUUUGCUUACGAUUUUGGUUUCUUUCCAACGACCUGCACAGAUUGCCUCCUAUUGAACCAGACAAAUACCAGUGAUAUACAACAGCCUGCUGGGUUUGCACCAGCCUCUUCAUUAUCACCGCCUUAGAAAGCUUCAUUCAAAUGCUGGCCCAAACCAUAUAUGCAUGUUAGCCACUCCAGCAGAUUGACAGACAUCCCUGCUGUGAUCACAGGUAAUUAAUAAAUCUGCUGUUUCAGAUUGUUCACAUCUCUCAAAAACCCCCAGGAAAAAAACCCAGUUCAGGCUACACAUUCAUUCCGGAGACAGAAAACGCAUUUCGCUACGCUCACAUAGGACGCAGACCCUGAAUAUCCUGUCCCAUAUCGCUCUGCAACUGAAAAGGAAUGGAACAAAAUAGAGAUAAUGUGCCUACCCAACAAACAACUUCUGACAAAAAUUUACGGCGACGUACUGCAUAUGCACAAAUGUCACAGGAGAGAAAGCAGUCAUUUCUAUCCCAUCUAAGAGCAAAAAGGGCUGAAUUAAAAAAAAAUAAAAAUUCCCAGCAAUCAAAUUCUAUUGUUGCUCUUACAAUUACCCCGUCUUCGUUAGCUCCUCAACAAGUUGCAACUUCCAUAGCUACAAAUGCACCAUCUGCUUCAACUACAACAGAACAUACAGAAUAGCAGAAAAUAGAGAUAAUGUGCCUACCCCAGAAAAAACUUCUGCUAGAAAUUUGUCCCGACGUACUAGAUAUGCGCAAAUGUCACCAAAGAGAAAAGAAUUACUUCUAUCCCAGCUAAGAGAUAAAAGGGAUGAAUCAAAAAGACAAAACCUCCUUCAUCAAUCAAAUACAACUGCUACUCUUACAGGUACUUCAACUACAGCACAACAUACGGUCAAUUGCUCAUCUACCUUCGAGCUAGGAUCAACAUCAGCUACAUGUCAUGCUGUAGGCAAAUUACCUUUAGCACAUAUUGCAAAUAAAGUUUUUAUUUCAUACCUGCAACGAUCUGCUCAGCAUACAAAUCACCGUCAAAUUCAUUAGCAAUUUUGCUAUUGGAGGAACACUACAUUCAGUUCAUCUAUAUCUGAACAUUAAGCUUUAAAACACAAUAAUUGUUGAUGACAACAGAGUGCGAGCAUGCCGUGGUCAUUAUGAAGGCUUUCUCUUCAGUCUGGAAACUAUCUCACGCACUUUCUCAAUCAAAUUGCCUGCAACUGAACAGUACAAAUCCUGCUGAUACAAAACAGGCUGCACAAUCUGCAGCAACUUCUUCAUUAUCAGCACCUUAUAGGGAUUACUUCAACUACCCACACAGACCAUAUAUACAGGCUACCCCAUCCACAAGAUUCACAGACAUCUGACACCUCCUCAUAGAUUACAGAUCUCAUAUCUAAAUUCAGCUUUUCCUCAUAAAGAAUUCUGUUUGGUUGAAAGACUUCUAAUGGACCACCAGAGGCACUUCUCCACAAAUAUUAAAAAUCUUAACAGAGAUUGUGAUUCUCUAAACAGUCAGUCAGAUUUAGCAGAGAUGCUCUUCUUGAAUAUCUCCAUCAGCACCAGAAGCUUUACUAUUCACUUCUACAACAUCAUCAUCCUUCGCUUCCAAAGCUUCUAGCAUUUUUUAGAUCACUUAGACAUCGACAAUACCAUUUUUAGUUGUUUCUUCCUCCUUAAGUGAUACUCUACUUUCUAGCUCUUUCAACUUUUCUAAAUACAACUUAGCUCUUCCCUGAACUUGAUCCUUCUCAUUUUUUAGCUCCUCAUUUUUCCUUUGCAUAUCCUUCAAUCAAUUAUCCAUCAAUUGAAGUGAUAUGUAAAGCAAAAAUGAGGAGAUAAAAAAUGAAGAAGCUAAAGUUGAGGCAAAAGUAAAGAUGUAUUUGCAAAAGUUCAAAUUGUUGGAAAGUAUGGUCUCACUUCAACAAGAACAAGCUGCUAAAAGUCGUGCUAUCAAUGUCUCAUUGAUCCAAAAAAUGGUACAAGAUUUCAAAGCCGAGGACAAUGACAUUGUACAAGUGAAGACUAAAGCUUCUGUUGAUGAUGGGAGAUGUUCAAGAAAAACAAUUGUCACCAGCUAUGCCUUCAUUAGUUAAUUCAGCUGCAAAUGGAAAUGGAAAAUAACAGAUAAAGCUGCAAAUGGAAAGGGAAAUGGCAGUGGCAAAUCAAUAGAUGAAGCUACUAUUAUGCUUAUAUCUGUCUUAUUCAGCUUCACCUUAAUGGAAGAGCAUAGGCUUCACAUAUUUGGGAAUUACAAUUGUCAAAUUCUUAGUGGUCAAAAGGCAGCAAAUGAACUUAGCUACAAAGACAAAAUAGAAGCCAAAGCACAUAUUAUCAUGCACUCCUGCUCAUGUGCUCUACUGCAGAACAAGCCCACACAAACAACGACCAUUUAUAUCAACAAUGUGAUGAAUUAACUAAUACUCUACAUCAUUCCACCAGCACAGAUACAGUCUGAACACUAACUUAGGAGAAACCUAGAAGGAAUAUCAUGGAAGUUUCACAUGUGCUAAAGGAAAAGGCAAAGGCAUUGAAAAUAUUCUUUACUCGAAGCUGACGCCUAUUUGAUAGCUCUAUUGCACCUACCACCUGAUGUUUGUUUCUUCCUCUACAUCUGUGAAUAUGCAAAGCUUCUUUCAACUUGAUCGAUCUUCCACGCUAACAAAGGAUUUUCCAACUCACACUUCUUCACCUGGUGAAAUAAACAAGAAACUUCUGACUGACAAACGUACUACUAUUUGGUUAACUAUAUUUCUUCCAACCAUGGUACUAAGAGUGAACAUCGACCAAAUAGAACCAGCAACACGAGAUUGGAUUUGCAAAAUUCAAAUUAUCGAAAUAGGACGGCCACGAGAAAGCCUUGACAAGAAAUGUACAUUCCAAAAUUUAAUUUUGGAAGAUGAAGAGCAAUGCCAAAUUAAAGCCGUUAUGUACAGUGACGAAAUCAAGCAGUAUGCAGCUACACUUAAACUCCUGAAUACCUACCUGAUCUCUACUGCAAAAGUUAAACUGUCCACAGCUUCAUACGGCAAGCCUAUACAUAAAUUCUACUGGAUACUUGACAAAGAAACAGUAAUUGAACAAAUCAAAGCAUCUCAUGCAGUUGAAAAGGCACUUCCUCUGCCAACCAAGCUCAAUAUCACCAGCUUUGACCGCAUUCCUCAUCUGAUGGUUGAUUCUACUGCAGAAAUAGAUAUACUAGCAAUCGUUCUUCGUUGUGGUCCUCAAAAAAAUGCCGGUCGCAGUCAUCAUAGGUGUCGCGAAAUUACCCUUUGUGACAAUCAGCGAAAUCAGUUUCUCUUCACUCUAUGGGAGGAUUUUGGAGAAAUAGAAGGACAUGAAAUUGCCUCAAAAAUUGCAACAGAGGCAGAUCUGCUUGUCAUCUUAGGAAGAAGUAUAGGAAUCUCUACUUAUCAAGGGUUAUCACUGCAAACUAGGUACAACUCCACAGUACGUGUGAAUCCAAAUUACCCACAGGCACUGGCACUCCUCAACUGGGCAAAAGAAAACAAAACACUGCUGUUGCAUUCUCCAUCUGAGAAAACCUCAACAAGCUCAUCUAUCACUCCGAUGAUAGUCACUCCUGCUGGCCAACAACUUAUCUCUAUUGCAAAAAUCUCAUCAGCACCUUCUAUGGGACUGUUGUAUGUUGAGGCAGAGAUGGCCAUAUUAGAUGAGUUCCAAGACUUUUGUGUGCUUGAAUGCUCAGGAUGCAAACAGAAGAAGCGGACAAAGGAUAGAAAGGAUUUUGAAUGUCCAAAAUGCAAUCGGACAACAUCAUUAGUACCUCGAUGUAGCUUCCAAAUUGAUCUUAUUGACAAUACUGCUACAACCACAGCAUCUAUCUCUGCUGAAUUAGGAGAAAACUUACUGUCCAUGACAGCAGAAGACAUAUUUGACAUGACUUACACUAAGCGACAAUCAUUGUCUCUUCAUCAUGUCCAUGAGAUGCUGUCAAACAAAACGUUCGAAAUUCAGCUAAGGAAGUCAUCUUGGAGCAGCUCAAAUACCACAAAUGCAACUUUGUCCAUUCUUUCCUACAAGGAAAACAACAUACUCCACACAGCACUACUGAUAGGACUUGUAAGAAGAUAAAGCCUUUGGAAAUAACUGAGGUAGAAGUGAUGCCAACAAGUGCUGCAGCUGGUCCUUCUAAUGCACCGGCAAAAUUUGAACCACCCACACCUACCAAAAAGGUGUAAAAGGAACUCCGUCACACCCUUUUGUCACUUUUGCUUAUGCUGGGGACAAUAUAAUGAAUCAUUGUCCCUAUGCUCUGGUCUUUUGCAGCAGCAACAUUACCUGUGGACAGGCAAACUGCUGGGUCCUCUAAAUAUGCUAGACAAUGACAUGCUAAUAUUAUAUGCAAAAACUGCAACAUGUACUAUAUUAUUUUGGUUAUAUUACAUUAGUUAGUAUGUACAAAUCGUUGAACUCAACAUCAUAGUUGUGUCUAUUGUACAUAUUCUAAAUAGUUCUAAUAGUACAUAAUAUACUAGAUCAUAUUAUCUAUCCUCUA